AUGAAAACUGUGUCUACUCCGACUCGACGAAGCACAUUAGGAACGAAGCGACGCAACUUUGUGGGAUUACUUGAGGAAGAUUCCGUUGACUACGUUCCUAUCGUCCCAAAUGACUCUGCGAAGAAAAUGAAAGAUCGCAUGGCAUUCUUGGAUGAAGAUUCUCAGCCGCCAGCUGUCAUUACAAAUCUCCAGAAAGAGUUUGACCUUGAGUCCUCGCAGUCUGCUUCGACGAGCGUAACUAUCCCACUACCGCCGAUGCUUCCUGAGGAAACUCUUAAGAUGCAAAGUAGUGAACAACCAGGAGGAGUAGCUAAGUGUAUUUUCGAAAGUGUGAAAGAGAUUAGUGACGUUGCAAGUGACACUAAUUCUCUCAAUAACAACCGAAGAAGAUCAAAAAUGAAAUUGAAUUUUGAUGAGGCGAUGGAUUGCUCCACUACUGAACAAACGGCUGAACCAAAUCUAGAAAUCUCAGAGGAUUCAGCAACAUCUAGCGGUGAGGCAUCUACGGAGUUGUCCGCGGAUAGCGACACGACAAGAACUGAAACUGUAGAGGAAUUCCCACGAUCUCGGCGGAGUCAAAAAAAGGUUGUUUAG